AUGGAGGAGGCGCAUCAGGCGUUUGCCGCCCAGCAGAAUCUAGAAUUGCUGAAUGGCAGCUCCCUUCUUCACUGCGCUACGGGGGGCUGCUUCUACGCUGCGGACCCCGCCCUAGGCGCCCACCCCAACAAGCACGGCGGCAAGGGCCCGCUGCCAAUAGAGCAGAUUCCGGGGACCAGCGGCAUUCUGGGAGCGCGGAUCGGCAGCGGAUGCUUCGGCUCCGUGCAUUUGGGCAUGUUCAACGAAGAGCUAGUUGCCAUUAAAUACAUCACUGGUUCAGCAUGUCUGACCGCCAACCGCAUCGAAAUGAUGCAUGAGGUGGGGAUGCUGAAGAGGGGCGACCUGCACGGCGUAUUCCCCCGCGUCUUGGCAGUCUUCUUCGGCGACGCCACCACCCCUCCAUGCAUUAUCAUGCAAUAUGCCCAGGGAGCGGGGCUGGACCGCGAGGGCAGGAAGUUGAGUGGCGCAGACUUUUUCAAUUUGCUCACUUGCAUCGUGAAUUUGAUGGCAAAGCUGCACCGGCUGGGCCUGGUGCACCGUGACAUCAAACCCGACAACAUAUUGGUGCAGUACGACCCGGUUGCAAGUGGGCAGGGUGGGGUAUACAAGCCCCUGAUUGGCGACGUGGGCGCCAUGCAGAAGGCCAGCGAGCGCCCGUGGGAGCUGGAAGGGGUGGAGUGUAGGGCGUGGACUGGGCAGCCAAGGUUCGGCUUCCUCGACUUCUGUGGCCACCGGUAUGCCCAGACGCCGGAAGUCCAUGUGCACAGACGCCUUGAUCCCUCCUCCGACCUGCCAGCGCUCGGGUUGACUCUGUUCACCCUGAUGCUGGGGGUCCCCCGGUACCACGAAUACCCGAAACUACUGCACAACCUGAGCGCUGCUUUGCUCAACCAGCUGGCUUCUGGCGGCGUCAUGUGGACGCCCUUUGCUGCACUGCGCGGCUUCAGGCCGCGGUCUGAAGUGCACCAGCGGAUGAUGCAGCUGCUACAGUUGCUGCUGGGCAUCAUCGCUGACCGGCUCAGCGCCAAUCCAAGCCAAUUCCUUCGGGAACGCCUAAUAGAAUCGCCAAGGCUUCGGCACAGGCCUCCCCGGGACCCAUUCACUACUAGUGGGGGGUACUGCACUUGGCGCGACCAAUGUGAUGAGUUGUCCGUCGAGGAGGGCUGCCUGAAGGCGCUGUGUACCCUGGCGGACCCCGAGGUUGCCGCAUUGAUACCGGAGUCCGUGCGCCUAGCAUUCGCCAGCAUUUACAAGCGUGCCUUUGACUCGUGGUAUGAGGCCGAGCAGCGCCUGCUCGCCGCCAACCCUGGGCUGGCGGCGAUGCCGUCGCUGAUGUCGCUGAGCGACAUGAUCCUGGAGGGAGUGCGCUAUGCAGGUCAAGCUGCGCAGUAUGCCUACGGAUUGGAGGAAAGCCCGCUGGAGCUGCACCUGUCCAACACGGUGCAGCAGGGAGGCCACAGGGGGGCACAGGCAGCAGCCCUGCUGGCAACCAUUCAGGCAGCAACGGGGGGCAGCCGCCAACAGAUGGCGACCGGCAGCGAGGAAGUCGUGCCUUACACCUGCGGCUUUGAGACACACCAGCUAGGCGCCCUGCUGAUCACCGAUGUCGCCCCGGCACAGGAGGGCGCCUUUGGCGGGCUGUUCCACAACCAGCCGCCGGGGCCCGCCCCCUACUCGCAAUGCGGACGGCAAUUGGUCGCAGCCACCCAGUUCCUGAUGAGUGAUGUGCGGUCGGCGCUGCGGCCGGAGCUGCUGUGCGGGGAUGAGCUGCUGCCGAUUGUGACGGGCCUCGCUGCGGUGCGGGCGUUGAGCGGCAUGGCACAGGUCGUGCUGGGCAUGGCGGAGCAGGCCGCCAAGAUGAGCGGCGAGGAGCCAAGCAGGAGCAUAGCAGAAGACUGGUGGCUCCUCCGUGCGGUGUGUGUGGUGGCGGGCAUCCGGGUGCAAGAGCAGCAGCUGGAGCUGGCGCUGAGCACCACGCUGGACAGCCAGCCUCAUGAGCUUUGGAGCUUGUGGAAGGCCUGGUGCCCAGCUUAUUUCGAUCAGGAUCAGCAGUUCCUAGCCAGCUUCAACAGCGGCUCCCUGCUCACCCACAUACUGCGGGUUGCCCGCGUGGCUUCUGAGGCCGCCAUGUACACUACCCUGCUGCAGCAGCAGUUAUUGGUGCCAGUGUGGGCCGCGCUGGAGCUGCGCAGGAGGGGCAUGCAGCAGGCAGCGGAGCACGCACUUGCACCGGCACGCCAGGCGCUGCGGCGGCUCCUGGCCCUGCGGCCACCCCUCACAAGGUAA